GCAAUGAUUAUUUGCAGGAAAGGUAUCUUAAAUGCCGGUGGAAGAAGAUCAGAUGUGGAUAAGGAGUUUGUUUUGAUGUUCACUGUAACUGAUGAAAAUCUCAGCUAUUAUUUGGAUAAAAAUAUUGAACAUUUUACAACAGACACCGUGGACAGAGAGGAUGAAGCAUUUAUAGCAUCUCUCCAGAAAGAUGGAAUCAAUGGCUAUAUCUAUGGCAACUUGCCAGGAUUGGAAAUGGAUCAAGGCGAUGAAAUUGAAUGGCAUAUUCUUGGUAUGGGGACGGAAUCUGACAUACACACUGCAUAUUUCCAUGGUAACAUGCUUGAGGUAAGAAACCAUCGGACAGAUUCUAUAAGUGUUGAACCAGCAGCGUUCUUCUCUGGUAGAAUGAGGGCGGUAAAUCCUGGCUCGUGGCUAAUCACUGAUGCUGUUGUAACGCAUUACGAAGAUGGAUCUCAAGCUAUUUAUACAGUUAAUGAAGUUACUGGACAGGACUUUACUCCAAACACUGGACCUGUGAGGGAGUACUUCAUUGCAGCUGUUGAAAUUGAGUGGGAUUAUUUGCCACUUGGUCGCAAUCCAUUCACAAAUGAAGAAAAUCCGACGCCAUAUUUUAACACAGCAGCUAAUCGCAUUGGAUCGGUUUACAAGAAGGCGGUUUACCGUGAAUACACUGAUGCAACAUUCACACAAGAACAAAAUAGAACAACUGAUUUAGAACACCUCGGGUUCCUGGGGCCUGUCAUUCAAGCUGAAGUUGGUGACACGAUUCAAGUGACAUUCCUUAACAUGGCAACCAGGAAUUACAGCAUACAUGCCCAAGGCGUUUUGUAUGAUAAGAUGUCCGAGGGAAUGAUGUACAAUGAUGGCACAUCAGAAGCAGAAAUGGGUGGUGGCAUUGUGCAGCCAGGCAAAAUGUACACUUACAAUUGGACAGUUCCGAAUGACUUUGGACCAACCGAAUUUGAUGAUGAUUGCCUUACCUGGAUGUAUUAUUCUGCUGUGGAUCUUGUGAAAGAUCUGUACUCCGGUCUUGUUGGACCUUUGAUUACCUGUAGACCAGGAACUUUGGCAUCAAAAACACAGAACUUUUUGUUCUUCUUCGCAUCUGAUGAGAACCUAAGUUGGUACAUCGAUGAUAACAUUGUAUCGAAGACCUCUGAUCCGAACCUGAUGAAAGGUGAUGAGGAUUUCGUGGCAUCUAACCAAAUGAGUGCCAUCAAUGGCUUCUCCUUUGCAAAUCUUCCUAAUAUCAGUGUUUGCCAAGGCACUGAGGUCAACUGGCACUUGAUGUCGCUAGGAAAAGAGGGGGAUCAAACGACAGUGUAUUUUCACGGAAACACAUUUGUAUUCAAUGGUGCUCGCACUGACUCGGUGGCGCUGUUCCCUGGCAUUUAUCAAACAGUUGUAAUGACACCUAGUGUCAUAGGAAAAUGGAGUGUGGAGAGCCAGUCUGCAGUGCAAAGAGACAGUGGAAUGAUUGCAACUUUCUCAGUAGACAACUGUGAUGGCUCACCGAUUAGUAGCUACCAAGAUGAGUGUGGCGGUGCUCGUACCUACUACAUUGCUGCCGUAGAAAUGAACUGGGAUUUCGCAAAAGAAAAGUUUGACUAUAUUCGAAAUGUCUCACUUGAAGAUCCAGAGAGUGAUGGUUAUGUCUUUGUCACUCAAACUGACACAUUGAUUGGAAGUGUUUACAAGAAGGCCCUCUUCCGUCAGUACCAGGAUGCAGAGUUCAAAGUUCAAAGUAAACAUGAAAGUUAUCUCGGUACGUUGGGACCGAUAAUUAGGAUGCAAGUAGAGGGACGCAUCUGUAUCGUUUUUAAGAAUAUGGCAUCAAGGGACUACUCCAUUAACGCUCAUGGUGUCGUCGAGGUGAGCCGAGAAAUGGAAUACGUGGCACCGGGUGACACACAUACGUACAUCUGGGAAGCACCCACAAGUGUUGCACCGACGGAUAGCGAUCCAAACUGCGUCGCUUACUCUUACUAUUCAACCGUCAAUAGGGUUCGAGACAUCUACUCUGGAUUGAUUGGCCCUCUAGUGGUGUGUAAAAAAGGUGUUCUUGAUAAAGCAGGUCAACGAAAGGAUAUUAAACGAGAAUUUGCUCUUCUUUUUAUUGUUAUGGAUGAGAAUCAGAGCUGGUACCUUGAUGAAAAUAUCGAUACUUUCUCUCUGAAACCAUCGAUGGUAGAUAAAGCAGACCCAGAAUUUGAGGAAAGCAACUUGAUGCAUGGUAUAAAUGGCUAUAUCUACACCAACUUAAAGGGCUUAGAAAUGCAGAAAGGAGAUAAAGUGGACUGGUACCUAAUUGCCAUGGGAACCGAUGUUGAUCUUCAUUCCGUGCAUUUUCAUGGGCAAACUAUGACCUAUGAAACGGAUAUGACACAGCGGGCUGAUGUGUUUGAACUUUUCCCAGGUGUUUAUAAGACAGUUGAGAUGGAACCAGACAAUGUUGGAGUGUGGCUUCUUCACUGCCAUGUGAAUGAUCAUAUCUUUGCUGGUAUGGAAGCUUUAUUUGAAGUUACAGAUACUAAAGUACCAAGUGGAUCGGAGGUCACUGUGGGGUCAAUGCUUUUGCUUUCGAUUGCAGUACUAAUGUCAGCAUUUAUUAAUUUUUGAAUACUGUAAUUUCUUUUUUAAGUGCAGAUGAUCAAGGGAAAUUAAAAAUCAUAAUUUACUCUGAAAAUAUGCAAUUACAUAUUAGUAAAAUAUUAUUAUUUUUUAAAAAGUAGCAUUUAUACAUUCUUGCCCAAUUUAUAUUUAUUUUUUUUUAAAGAAUAUACUUUAUCAAUUUUAUGAAAAACUAGAUUUUUUACAUAAAAAUACACUGUAUUGUUCAGAAGAAUAGAGGGUUUCUUGAACAAUGGUCGUACAGUAGUGCCAUAUAUUUUCCACAACUCUAUGGCAAGGUGACAAACAAUUACCAGGUGAAGAUCCAGGGAGUAGGAUCCCCACCAAAAAAAAAAAGAAAAGAAGCAAGAAAAGUGAGGAGCAUGGUUCUCCAAAACAAGCUAAUUUUUUAUUUAAAUUCCAUGUACUAGUGUCCAUGGCAACUGUUUCUAAACAAAAAUCUCUGCCCACCUCUCAGUGCUUUGCACAUUGUAUGGCUUCUGCCCAGAUUUUUCUUUGGAUGACAAUUCAAUUUUACAAUAAUAAACCAGAAAGAUUAAAUAUGGCGGCUGUUUAAAAAAAUAUUUUAAAAUUUAAUAUGUACAUACUUAGAAGUCACGUUGAUAACAGAUGAAAGCUCGCAGUAUGUUUACAUCAAAUUGUGCUUGGUUUAUUAUCGAUUAAAGAGUUCUACAUUCAUUAUAAGCAAACUAGAUGAAAAUAUGCAAAUUAUUAUGUACAGUUAUAGUUUUGCUUUCUCUGAGACAACUUACCCUAAUUUAAUUUUAAUAAUUCUUUAUUCCCAUGAGUAUUACAGCCAAAUUUGAGACCACCAUUGGGAUCUGAAAAUUAGCGGUGGCCUCCGGGUUUAGUUGCCGGUUAGCUUAGUGUUAAUAGAUUGAAGAUUGUUUUCUUUCAAAAAGUGGUCUUUAAUUAGGUCUCAGAAUUAGAUAGGUCUUGAAUUGGAGGUUGAACUUUAAUGUUGACAUGGCAACGUGUAACAGAACAAGUCAGCCGUGUGCAAAGUGAUGUGGCAUUUUAUUUGCUCUGACUAGCAAUAAACAGAAUAAACAGGUGAA